UCAGUCCAAAUUGGUCCAAAUAUAUAUAUUGUGAUGGAUACACCUGCGAGAUUUCUAGUCCAGUGAUACGUAAACUUUGUGAUUUCCAUAUGAUUUAACAAUGUCCAACCGUGCUGGGGUUGUGAGAGCACCUUAAACUAGCAGAGACAGUAAGGUGUGAUAAGAAACCACGAGAUCGCCGAUAUGGCAGACAAUCUUGCCGCCAAGCUUUGCUUAUUUUUGCAACAGAAAGCUGUUAAAGCUGAACAAUGGAAGUUAUUGGGCCAGGAAAAGGAUGGAUCGUUACUUGUCGGAUGGAUAGAAGAAAUGACUUCAGAUGAUGGAAAGCUGUUACCCUUAUACUCUGUUAUAGGACAUUAUGACAGAAACAGAGAUAGUUUACAGGUUUUACAUCGAUUUUCUGGUAUAACCAGUAUUGUACAAGCCACAAUAAAUCAAAGUCAUACCCUGCUUGGGUAUGUGACAAAACAAAAAAUUGUAGUGCCACGAGAGGAGCAUGCAGAAUCUAAAGAAAAAGAAAGUAUAUCAAGGAGUUCUGAUUCAUUGAACGACAAUCCUGAAGCUGAAGAGACUAAAAAUCAGGAUACAUUUACUGAACUGGAAGUUUACAAAGUCUAUAUAACUGAACUAAAUUCAAAGGAAUCAAAGAUUCAUGAUUUAGAAACUGAAAGGAGUAAACAAGUGCGCAUUCAAUUUUUGUAUAAACGGAGAGAGCAGACUGACUCAGACAAGUUCUUAGUGCUUAUACAUCAAGAAUGUGUAACAUCGUACAGCGUGCUAUUCGAUAAAACCAAACCUGAUAAAGGAACAGUAAAGGAACUCAAAUCUGAAUCAUUAGUGAGGACCUUUAUCUGGGCACAAUGGGAUGCUACUAAUCAAGUUUUAUAUCACAUACAUCAUCGUAGAGCACCAACAAGUCUAGUCACAGAAGAUACUUGUGAAAAUAGAACAAAAACUCCUGGUUCAUGUCCAACGCUUAGCGGUCUUCAAUUCCAUGACGAUCUUCCUCAUGAGACAGUACUAAAUAUCCCAUUGAAUUUACCUCAAUUACCCAGUCCAAAUAACUGUGGUAUCUACGAGGAUGAUGUAAUCCCACUACGAGUUCAUGAUUGUGCAUUAGAUCUUAUCGUAGUAUCGGAUUCAAAAGGUAUGGUCUGUGUUUGUCAUCAUUAUUUAUAUCGACCUGUACAACCACCACAAAGUAUAUUGAACUCUUCAUUGAGUGAUUCGAAUACUGUACACUUUGCAUACUCCGUAACACUGCUUCAUCACAGCUGCGUAAUACACUGCGUAGUACCAGGAAUACCCUGGUCACGCGCAAAGUUAAUGAGACCAACAUUUGCAAUUUAUGAAGAUCAUCGAAUGAUUGUCUUCGUCCAAGGAGCCUUUACUCAUUUACUUGAGAUUGGUGUUAAUCACGAACCAUGUUGUCACAUUUUAAGCGGACCACUGACUUCAGUUCCAUCUAGAUCAUCCUACCUGGUUCCACUGUUAGAUCUGAAUGGCACUAAAAAGAAUAAUAAGAACAGCACAGAUCGUCAUACUACUAGCACCAUCAAUGAAAAUUCAUCAACAGAAUCAUCAAGUCUAGACAGCACUGAUACAAGUCCACUAACAAUAGACCUACCAACGUUAGACCUGGUAGCACUAUCCAUAUCCACAGAUUUCCUGAUCGAAGUCUUCAAAAGGGAAACGUCUGUAGAGGUUCGACUGAGUAUCUUACAUUACUUUCUUUGCCAUAAGAAUGAUCUCGAAGUAGUCGCAGAGUUGGUAUCAAUAAUUGCUGAGAAACCAAGAUCAUUACAUGUAGCCCGUCUGAUGCAAGAGAUCCUAAUUGGUGGUUCCUAUGCAUCGGUGCAAAGAAACUUACUAUCGGAUGCAUUACCACUGCUUUCACUACUACCAUUCACAACAAUAGAAGAUUGCAAAAGUUUCGAGGCCAAAGUCAAUGACCUGAACGUGACCCUGAGUCAUGAAAAGUUAUGGAACACAUCAGUGAUGUUGUUGUCUCCUCAACAAAGGCUGGUUCCUUAUCAGAGUGAUCUAUGGACACGUCUCUGGGAUCAAUUAAGUAAACAAGGUGGAGACAAACCACGUUUCAAGCCAAGUCAAGUCACUGAGAAACUAGUAGUAUCCUUGGCCUGUUAUCAGCCAGAAGCAUUAUCCAGGUCAAGCACUCCCAUGUCACCCAGCGGAGGACUUGUCGUAGCAACUACACCACUAGGAGACUCCUUAAGCAACCGUACCAAUAAAAUCCUAGAGUCUGGUUUACCUUUCGUCGAAGUUGAAAGCUGUACAGCAUCGAAACAGGAACACAUCGUCUCAGUAAAUCUACGUGAAUUGUCUAUGCAUCUUUUAAAGCAUGGUACCAGAACCACUUCCUCACUUACGCAAGGCCCUUGUACUCCUUUACACGUUCAUGCAAUGGCUACUCGUCACGUAGCCGCUCAAUUGGAAACUUCGCGUUUCCUCUGUCAAAUACUCUGCAAAGCUGCCAAUGUUGAUCCACGUAUAGAACAGGAACGCGGAUUUGCCCUCGUGGAUCAACUGGAUGAACCAAGACGUUGGUUACUGUUUACAUUGUUAGAAAGAUACAGAUACGCUAUAGAAAGCAGUGCUUUCGCUGCCCCACAGGGAUUUACGUCAUUCUUUACGUAUCUUGGAUAUAGAAGUCUAAAUUAUCAAAUAUUUUUGCAAUAUGUACAGCGCUCGGUUUUCGAACUACAAGUUGACGUAGCAAAAAUCAUUAUGGCUGAUAUCAGUGACACGAAAGAUGGUGCUGUACUAAAAUUGGGAUUACUCUCUUUACUGCCACGUUCGCGAGCCAAGAGAUUACUUAACCAAUGGUUACAUCCUGUUAGUUUUAUGCUAAGAGCUCGGGAGCACGCAACGAAUAUUUUAUCUGGUGAGGCAUGCCAAAAUCGUGGUAGAAUAUCGCAACAGCGUAUACAUCAUCAUGGACCAGCGCCAUUCCCAUCAGCAGAUAGACUUUCACCGCUGGACACAUUUCUGGAUUUACUCACAGCAAAAGCCAGUCUUGCAGAACUGGAAUUUGGUUUACUCAUAGAGGCUACAGUCACUUCCAUAGAAGACUUCCUUUAGAUAAGAAUUUAUCAUUAUCUAGCAUCAAGUUCCAUGAAUAUAAGUAUGUCGUAAAUUUCCUAAUACUCGUUAAUAGAGAUAUCUAAUAAAUUACAGGUCAAAGUUGACCCAAAUACGUCUGGCAAACCUGUCACUAUCUACGUAUAACGAGAAAAUCGUUAUUUGAAAAUUUACCAGUGAGAAAUUAUAUUUUAUAAAAGAGCAAGCUUUUAUGCUGAUAAAAAGUCGUAUAUGUAUCACCCAGUGAGCGUAACCGUGCAUUAAAUAGUUGAAUAUGUAUCAUAGUAGAUCGAUAAGUAUAAUCAAGUGUGUAACAAGUUCUUCUGUAAUGGCUCAUAGGAAAUAUUAAAUUAUAAAUUUCAUAUUAGAUAUAUCAAUAUAUUAGAAGAUUAACGAAACUGUAAUACCACAAGUUAUAUCAAUCAUAUAAAUACUAAACAUAUUUCCUAUGCAGCGCUAGUAGAUCAACAUGCAAUAUACAUGCUAUUGUAUACUAUUUACGAUUUUAUGGUUGUUCUAAACAUCGUACAAGGACCGUACAGUAUUUUACAAUUACCAUUUAUUCCCAUCGUUAUAAUUUUUGAUACUUGAAUAUUCUUGAAUUGUGAUUAUCAAUGUUCCUAUACGGAUUUCAUUUGUUAUAAUUAUGCAUUUUUAUCAUAGAACUGUUUAUACGAUAACUGACGCAUUUAAGUUAGAUAGCCCCGUUUAAUACAGUUUUUUAAUCGCAGUGUAUAAAACUGUACACUCUCUUCCAGAUCUAUAAUAAAUCGGAUCGUGUGCAAUAAGUGUUAUCAUACAAAAAAAUUGUAUAAUAAAUGUAUUGAAAAAUCUAA